CUCGCGCUCCGACCAGAAAAGCAGCCAAACAAACUUAUAGUCUAGAUAAUUUCCUUCUUUUCUCCCUUUCGCUCUGGUCCACCCCUUCCUCCUUGAAACUCUUCAAUACAGGGGCUCAGGAACAUCUGCGCUCCCAUCACGCCGAGCUUACCAGUGAUAGAGGGACUAAAGAAAAGAUUUACAGAAAUGAUUACAAUCAGUAAGUUUCCGUGCUACCCUGUGAGCCCCGACACUCUACGAGCAUAAAAAAAUAAAAGGUGGAUAAAUAACCGAUAUUUAACACAGAGGUCCCCUGUUCUUCCGCAAACAUUGGUUUGUUCCCAAUAUCUUUACCAUCCAACUCCACAAUUGCGCACGGCAAACACCCUGGCUAAUACCGGUAACCGGCCACAGGUCCCGGCUUCGACGUUGUUGGGCUCUCACUCUCCAUCUGGCUGACUCUCCGAGUCAGCAUCGUUACCACGGUUGAUACAACCACCUCCACUCACACCCUAAACUGCAAAAUCACCUACGAGGGCGAAGGAGCCUCUCAUGUUCCGCUAGAUGCCGACGCAAAUCUCAUAACCCGCACGGCACUAUACGUCCUCAAAUGCCACGGCCAACGCACGUUCCCGCCCACCACACACGUCCACAUCGUCAACCCCAUCCCUCUUGGCCGCGGCCUGGGCUCUUCUGGCGCUGCAGUUGUAGCGGGAGUCCUCCUCGCCAACUCCGUCGGCAAAUUGGAUCUUAGCAGGGACCGCAUGACGGACUAUUGCCUCAUGAUCGAGCGGCACCCGGAUAACGUCAUGGCGGCCAUGAUGGGCGGGUUCGUGGGUAGUUAUCUCAGGGAGCUGGAUCCCGCCGAUAUGGAGAGGAAGGAGAUCCCGCUUGCGGAAGUGUUGCCGGAACCGGCGGGCGGUGUGGAUACUGGGUUGAGGCCCCCCGAGCCUCCCCUCGGGAUUGGGCACUAUAUCAAGUUUGGCUGGGCGAAGGAGGUUAAAGCUGUUGCUAUCAUUCCGGAUUUUGAGGUCUCCACUGCCACGGCUAGAGGGGUGUUACCGGAGGCUUAUUCUAAGAAGGACAUGGUUUGUCCCCUACCCUAUAACUGAUACUUGGGGCAAAGCGGGGUGGUGCUGAUUGGAGGAAUAGAUAUUCAACCUGCAAAGGCUCGCAGUCCUAACCACUGCAUUAACCCGCUCCCCUCCAGACGCAGAGUUGAUCUAUCAAGCAAUGCAAGAUAAAGUUCAUCAGCCGUAUCGCAAGCACCUUGUACCCCUCCCCCACCCCCACCUUUCCUUUUCACAUACCCCAGUAUUCUGAGCAACCCCUCUAGAUCCCAGGGCUCCCAGAAAUCCUCGCCUCCGUAACCCCCCAAUCCCACCCGGGCCUUUUGGGAAUCUGCCUGUCCGGCGCAGGGCCUACGAUAUUGGCGUUGGCGACCCACAAUUUUGAACAUAUCGCCGAGAUGAUCAUGACUAGGUUCAAGCGGGAGGGUAUCACCUGUAGAUAUGAGUUGCUUGAGCCGGCGUACGAGGGGGCGCAGGUUAUUGAAUCUUAAUCUUGAGAGCUUCUGUCUGUCUAUACACGUUGACAGGUUGGGUAGAUAGAUAUACGGGAGUUGUAUAAAAUAGAGAUAAAAAGCCGUGGGACGAUAGAUUUUUUUCCUCAUACAUUCUUCCUUGCUUUGUUGACUAUAAAUGCUUCUUGUUCUUGCACUGGGGAUUGCUUACGGUGAGUGCAUAAAAUGGCAGGAAACUAUAGAGGCCUGAUUAGCAGGCACAAUGCGGAGCAAUCAUGAAUUU